CGCUAGAGGCGUGGAUUGUUCUGGCAGCGAGACAUGGGGCAGCACUCACCCAGGACUGAUCUGUAAUUAUCACCAUCAUCCGCCGCUCCGCCCGUCCUGACAACAUGGCUGCCCUGCUGGUGAGAGGCUGCCGGCCGAGGUCCUCCUGGGGAGCCGCCACCAGAGGUCUUUUCCCGGAUCGGGGUUGUCUCGGUUGCCAUUCGUUACGGUUGAUAAAUGUUAGGACUUGGCACUUUCGCAGCAGCACUGCCGCCUCUCCAGUUUACAUUUCACUAAGAGACGGGAAUAGCGGGUUCUCAUGGACUAAUGGACCUGAAAGAACCUAUUUUGGAGUCCACAAUUCAGCGCCAGCAUGGAGAGGAGCGGCCGGCAGUCUGGGACCCCACUACUCGUCCGUCCGAGGGUUGCACUCUUCAAGGCCCCUAUUUGACGACUCUGUGGUCGAAAAAUCACUGAAGUCUUUGAAGGACAAAAAUAAAAAGCUGGAAGAAGGCGGCCCCGUGUACAGUCCCAACACGGAGGUGGCGCCCGUCAAGAGGUCCAUAAGACAGUGGGUUGUAGAUGAGCUAAAGCACUAUUAUCAUGGCUUCCGCCUUCUCUGGAUCGACACCAAAAUUGCAGCCAGAAUGUUGUGGACCAUCCUCAAUGGGAAUACUUUAUCCAGACGGGAGAGGAGACAGUUCCUGAGGAUAUGCGCUGAUCUCUUCCGACUGGUCCCCUUCCUCGUCUUCAUCAUUGUCCCGUUCAUGGAGUUCCUUCUCCCAGUUGUGUUGAAGCUAUUUCCAAAUAUGCUGCCUUCCACCUUCGAGACCACUUCAAAGAAGGACGAGCGGUUGAAGAAGGAGCUGAGGGUGAAGCUGGAGUUGGCCAAGUUCUUGCAGGACACGAUUGAGGAGAUGGCACUAAGGAAUAAAGCAGCCAAAGGAGACGUCACCGCCGAAUUCUCCAUCUUUUUCCAAAAGAUCCGGAGCACUGGCGAGAGGCCCAGUAAUGAAGAGAUUGUACGCUUCUCCAAGCUGUUUGAAGAUGAGCUGACCCUCGAUAACCUGACCAGGCCUCAGCUGGUGGCUCUGUGUAAACUCCUGGAGCUGCAGUCUAUCGGGACGAAUAACUUCCUGCGCUUCCAGCUGACCAUGAAGCUGAGGUCUAUUAAGGCGGACGACAAGCUGAUUGCCGAAGAAGGUGUGGACAUUCUGAAUGUAAAGGAACUGCAGGCAGCGUGCCGAGCCAGAGGAAUGAGAGCGCUAGGUGUCACCGAGGAACGGUUACGAGAGCAGCUGAAACAGUGGCUGGAUCUGCACUUGAAUCAGGAAAUUCCCACAUCACUGCUGCUAUUGUCCCGAGCUUUGUAUCUCCCUGACACACUGUCACCAGCUGAUCAGCUCAAAACAACCCUCCAGACUUUACCCGAAAGCGUGGCUAAAGAAGCCCAGGUGAAAGUGGCCGCAGUGGAGGGUGAAAAGGUGGACAACAAGACCAAGCUGGAAGCCACGCUUCAGGAGGAGGAGGCAAUCAAGAAAGAGAAGGAGAUGAAGAGGUUGGCUGAGGUUGCCAAGGAAAGCUUACAGACUAAGGUGGAGGCAGCUCCGGAACCAGAACCCGUUUCUGCUGAAGUGAAGAGCAGUGCGGCAGCGAGACCAGAAGUGGCUCCAGCACAGGCAGCUGAUCAAGCAGAGGUUCUGAUAGACACCGCGCCAGUCCUGGAGGGUAUCAAGGGCGAGGAAAUAACCAAGGAGGAAAUUGACAUUCUAAGUGACGCUUGCACGAAGCUGAAGGAGCAGAAGAAAUUGCUGACGAAGGAGAAGGAGGAGUUGUCUGAACUGAAGGAUGACGUGCAAGAAUACAGUGAGGAUCUGGAGGAGAUGAAGAAGGAACUUUCAAAGUCUGGACAGGAGAUGGUGGUGGAGGAGUCAAAGGCGAGCAAGAGGCUGACAAAGAGGGUGAACCAUAUGAUCAGUUCAAUUGAUAAAAUCAUAUCGGAGCUGGACAACGAGGACAAGGUGUUGGAUGCAGGAAGUGGUACAUCUCCACCUGUUGGGGAGAAUAUCGUCAGCAUUAACGAGCUCAUCAACAUCAUGAGGCACAUCCAGAAGAUCCCAGAGCAGAAGCUGCUGAGAAUAGCCGAGGCUCUGGAUGAGAACAGGGACGGAAAGAUCGAUCUGGAUGACGUGGCUAAGGCCAGCGGCUUACAGAAUGGUAAAGCAGGAAGACUUCUCCCUGCUCCAGCAUUCAGCCUGCAGGAACGGAUCGCGCUGCCUGCAUGUGUGGGCGGAGCCUGCAGCCCGGUAAUCUGCAUAAGCCCCACCCACACAGAGCUGCAGAGCGAUCUGUUCCUGCAGGAAAGAGAGAACUGUGAGCUUCGGGAACGGGACAAGGAGAAGUUUAUCCUGACAAAACCCCUUGCCCACGACAAGCAGCGAGUCUUGGAAGACUCUAUUCUCCAGUACGUCCAAAAGAGAGCUCUAGAGGAGGUCCCCCCUCACGAACAGGGUCGAGGGGUCUAUUCCCCGGUUUUUCUUGUCCCAAAGCCGUCGGGCGAAUGGAGGAUGAUUAUCGACCUACGCUAUCUAAAUCGCUUUAUCAAGCAAAAGCGCUUCCAGAUGGAGACCAUACACUCAGUGAUCAAUAUCCUGAAUCCCGGAGACCUUAUGGUCACCAUAGAUCUGAAGGACGCGUACCUUCAUGUUCCCAUCUACCCAGCGCACAAGAAAUAUCUGAGAGUUGCUGUAUCAAUAAAAGGUGUGGUGAAGCACUACCAGUUUGCUGUGCUGCCUUUUGGCAUCUCUUCCGCCCCCCACACCUUUACCAAGGUUGUGGCUCCUGUUGUCGCCCAGCUCAGGCUUCAGGAUCUAGAGAUCGUCCCAUACUUAGACGACUGGCUUUUAACCAAAGAAGAAAUGUUACAUACCUUGGACAUCUCUAGAGUCCUAAGAAUUUAUCUGGACAGAACUGUUGACUUCAGAAGGUCUGAAAAUCUGAAAAGAUUUGGCUCCUCCAUCCUUUGUAACUGCCCAUUCCACCAGGGCAGUCUCCACUUCCUAUGCCGAGAAGAAGCUGAUUCCGCUAGACCAGAUCUGUGCUGCCGCUUCCUGGAGCUCUCAGAGCACCUUUAUUAG